CAGUCGACGGUUGUGAUGAUCCAGAUGAUCACAAUGGGUAAAAAACGCAAUGCCAAAAAGUCGGGAAGCAAAGUCACCGGCCCCGUGAAGCUCUUACCCCAGACCAGAACAGAGCUGAGUGCCUUAGUAGACGAGGUGUUCAAACGGUGUACCAAAGUACCGUCGGCAACGGCACCAAACGCAGCUCAGGAAUGGACAGAAUACACAGAAAUCUUCCAGCUAAUUCAGAACAUAAGAAAUUUAGAGAAAGAUGUCCUGCUUCCAGCAUACUCGCGUGAAGAACAAAUACCAACCUUCAUGUCGUGGCUCAAGGAGAAAGGUGUGAAGAUCAGUGGAGUGGAGAUCGGCGACUUUGGCAUGCAGGGCUUUGGGUUGAAGACCACUGAGGAUCUUCAGCAGGGAGUUGAGGUGAUCAACGUGCCUCUGGAAGCGAUGAUGACAGAGGACACCGCAAGAAAGUCCUACCUUGGUCCCUUGAUAGAACGUGACCCCAUCUUGCAACACAUGGGAAAUGUUUCGUUAGCACUGCACGUUCUUGGGGAGUAUGUAAACCCACAGUCACCCUGGCAGCCAUACUUGCGCAUCCUUCCAGCCUCGUAUUCAACCACAUUGUACUUCUCUCAGGAAGAGGUCCUCGGCCUGAAGGGCUCACCAGCACUAGAAGAAGCAGUCAGACAGUUCCGGAACAUUGCGCGCCAGUACUCGUACUUCUAUCGAAUACUCCAUUCAUUACCAGAGGCGAGAAGUUGGCCGAUCAAAGAUUACUUCACCUUCGAUGCUUACAGAUGGGCAGUUUCGACAAUCAUGACGCGCCAGAACAGGGUCCCGACCAAAGGGGCUAGUGGCCAGCUGGCUCUCAUCCCGGCCUGGGACAUGUGCAAUCAUGAACAGGGAAUUUAUUCUACAGACUACGACGAGGAGAAAAACUGCUGUGUGUGUUUAGCACAGAAGGACUUCAAAAAGGGAGACCAGUUCACAAUCUAUUAUGGGAAACGUCACAAUGUAGAGCUCUUCCUCCACAAUGGUUUUGUUGAAAUAGGCAAUGAAAAUGACAGCCUGGCCAUCAAGCUGGGAGUGAGCAAGAAUGACCCACUCCAUGACGAGAAGGUGGCUCUCUUGACCUCCUUAGGGUUGCCCUCCUCCGGCUCUUUCAUGCUGAUCCCGGGGCUGCAUCCGAUCUCUCCCGGGCUGCUGGCUUUCACGAGAAUCUUUUGCAUGGAUAAAGAAAUACAAGACUGGAUGCAAGAAAAUUCCACAGCAAAGCAGGAUGUUCAAGAGAAAAGUUCUUUAGACAAGUGGAAGGACGACGGGGAAGGCCAAGGGUCUGCUACACGAGGACUGCGAUGUGGGCACGACGGUCCAGGACAAAACGUGGAAGUUCCUGCACACGCGAGUUUCCCUCCUAGUCAGGGCUUACCCAACGACGCUUGAGGAGGACCAGGCUGCCCUUCCAACCCUGAAGGGCAACGAGGCCAUCGUCCGAUCUCUACUCAUGUGUGAGAAAAUGAUCCUCAAGGAUGCCAUGACCUAUCUCUCCAGCCUUCUGCCCAAGUAGGCGACUGCGGCAAGAAGAGGGAAAGACCAACAGAACCGGAGACAGACGAGGGAAUGGCUCCCGACGUCAAUUAUUUUUGUUAUUGUUUUUCUUUUUUUUCAUUUUGGAGCAUGUAGGGUUAUGGGACUGUCUAGGAAAGAAGGAAGUUGGAAGAAAAAAAAAUGGUCACAUUGAUCUCCAUUAUUUCUAGUUGUUUGUUUUAUUUGAUUGUUUUUCGUAUUUAUCUCAAAUUUUAUUUGUCCUUUUUUUAAACAAUAUGAAGGGUCCUUCGUCUUCGAUUAUAGGGUAAGAUUGGGUGACAUAGCAUAAUUUUUUAGAGUGGAAAUAGGAGAGACUACUUAAUAGUUAUUUUUGUGAAUCUACACGAAAAAGUUGCCUGCAUUUACGACUUCUGUAGUUGACUUGUGUAACCUGAUGCGUUAGAGAUCUAGGGCUAAGUCUGCUAUGUUUCGUUCUCUUCUUUACUGGUUUUGGCUUUUCUAUUUUCAGUGCUUAUUUUUUUCCCUCUAUUUCAGUGUAUUCUCGUGUCACUUCUCAUUCUCCGUCUUUUCGUCUUCUUCAUCUGCUGUUUGUUUUUUGUGCUUUGUUCCUUUUUUUCCUUUGGUCUUUUUAUUCCUAUUCUUCUUAUCCUUACUAUUUUUUUUCUUUUUCUUCUUCCUCCUCUUCUCUUUUCCUUUUCCAUCAUUUUUCUCUUUUUUUUCCUUCAUCUCUUUGCUUUUUUGCUUCAAAAUGCAGUCAUAUUCAGUCAAAUGCAAAAAUAUAUUUUUGUAUUCACACAUGCAACAAUGCCCUCCAUUUACUUAUUACAGUUUGCAAGAUUUAUUCCACAGUCCAAUGUAAGUGCAAGAUUGCUGUAGUCAAGUUCGUGUUAUUCUUCUGCGUGUCUUUGAGUAGUUUGUGAUUCUGUUUUCUUUUCUUUUUUUCCCCCAGCGUAUUUUGUGCUGUUAGCUAAUGUCCUAGAUAUUUUCUGCCUUUUAACUUUUUAACUUUUUCUUCUUAAAUCAUUCUGUCUCUUAAUCUGUCUAACAUUUAUCUCACUCUCUUUGUCUAUUUGCUUUACUCUUUUCUCUCAUUCUCUUUCUGUAUAUUUAAAUCCCCCUUUGCCUGCCCCCCUCCCUAUACACACACACACCUCUCUCUCUCUCUCUCUCUCUCUCUCUCUCUCUCUCUCUCUCUCUCUC